UUAUUUAGUAGAAAAAUGGCCGACGUCCUUAAGAAUAAGGACGAAGUUGGGCAUAUUUUAGUACAGGUGCAGGAUGAUUUAAGACAACUAAAAAAAUCUUGUUCGAUUGACUGUGCAAGAGAAUGGGGAAGUUUUGGACAUUCAAGCUUUGGAUGCAGCUAUCAGCAGGACAGAACAUGGAAUAAGGAGGCAUGCAGAGGAUCAUCUAAAACCAUUAAUAAUCAGUUUUUGACUCUACCCUGUAUUGAAGAGCCUGAAAAGAAGCCUGUCCCAGCCAAGCUUGUUAAAUGGCAGCCAACAUAUGAAACAAUACCAAAUGCACGUCCUCUGAGAUGCCAGGUUCCUGGUCCAUCACCAGGGGAAAAGCACAAGUCAGCGUUCAUCAUGCGUCUGCUGAAUAACCCCUUUCAUCCAAAGAACAAGGAGAUUGUGCAACAAAAUUAUGGGAUCCAACUUCCUCACCUGCACAAGACAACUGGAGCCAAUGUCGGGACUCAUAGGUUGGUUACUGGCCCAACUUUGAGUCUGACUACAACACGUGAUGGUCUGCCUAAACACCUACACCCUAAACCCCCACCCGAAUGUAGAGACAUAAAUGCAGGGCUGCUACCCUCAGCAGCUGACCUCUCUUUAGUUCAAACCCCAGUACAGCCCAAAGCUGUCCAUGUGCUCAGAGAGAGGACAGUGUCCAAAAAACUGAGAGUUCAGCAUCCAGGACCAUGCACCCCCCCUCCUUCAGCUGCUUCUGCGAGCUCUGACAGUGGAGUACUGAAUCGUGGGAUAGCCCGACUCACCCCACUUAACUUGCGGAGCAUUCCAUUGCCAGCUGCUGUCAGCAAAUAUCCUUUCACCAUAGCUAAGGGUCAGAUUGACUCAAAAGAUUCUGACUACUGUAGGUUUAAAAAGCAAUACUGUCUCUACUGGGCUGCAAUGGUAGAGGCUUUGGACCAGCUGCAGCGGAUGCUAUUAGACUUCGCAGUGCCACUGGCGCGGGUGUGUGGGGAGCGUCUGGCAGCGUGCGUGCAGAGCGGUGAGCUCAACUGGAGAGACGGCAGGGGCCGGCGCGUCCAUGUGGAGAAGCUGCUCUCGGUGCUGGAGAACAGAGAUGAGGUAUGGGACCUGAUGUGUCAGCCUGGCCAGCGCUACAAAUGCAUCGAGGCAUCACACGCAGCGGCUGUGUGCAUCCAGACCUGCUGGCGUUACUCUGCCCGUACCGCCUACCUGCUCCAACUCAGGCCCAAAUGGGCGGCACAAGUUAUUGCCAUAUCUCUGCUGAAACAUGCCAAACUGGGCCAUUUGAAGAAGAGUCUACAGGCCUCGCGUAUCCGCCAACUGGAAAACUACCGCAUCAGGGCAGAGAGUCUGGCAGCCAACUGGAAACACAUCACCUCCACCAAAAGGACGAUCAUCCACAUUCCAUCAUUGGGAUAUUCCCAACACCAGCGGCUCAAUCUCAAGGGGUUUGAUGUUCUCCAGAAUACCCAGAUGGGCAGACUCUGUGAUAUCAGAGAUGAGAAUGUUGAGGUCAUCUAUGUGUCUCCGGUGCGCCUGGGUGAGGAUGUUCUCCAGUAUUACACUCGCCUGCUGGGCCUGCAGACUGCCAUUGAGCUGGGUGACGCUUCUGCGCCUGAGUCCCACUGUGCCAAACGCUUCACUAUCCUCGUGCCAGAAACGCUGGAGUAUUUUUCGACCCGAAACAUGUGUCUAGCUUCGCUCCUGAAGUACAGUCCUCGAACGCUACAGCGCAUCAAGAAUUUGAUCCAGGGCAAGCAGGCCUACAUUAUUGGCGGUGUCACCUGUAUUGAUGACCUGGCUGUGGCAGAUGAGCUAGAAGUUCCACUUCUGGGCACAGAGCCUGCGGUGACCCAGCUAUACAGCACUAAAUCCGGGGGAAAGAGGAUCUUCAGUAGCGCAGGUGUCGACAUGCCUCCAAGAAAGUGGGAUAUAUACACCCUGGAGCAGCUUCACGAAGGUCUGGCCCGGCUGAUGACAGAACACAUGGAUGUCCAGCGAUGGCUCUUCAAGAUAGAUAGUGAAGUGGGUGGACGGGAACGGCCUAUUGAAUCGGUGGUGAUCAAAUUCUUAGAGGAGGUUCCUCAUCUUCUGGCUACCUAUGCACAUCCCGCCAACACAUCCUGCUAUGCCACAUGGAGCCGUUUCUUAGAAGACUUCCUUAGGGAAGGUGGAGUUAUAGAAGCCUUCCCGCCUUCAGAUAGUGUGACAUGUCUGACGGUGGAUCUUCUGGUGGAGCCGGGAGGAGAUGUUUGCAUGCUGUCCUGUGGAGAUCAACUGCGUGGGCCCAGUGGGUUGGAAGUGGUGGGCUGCACCGUACCUCAGACCUCCAUCUGCCCUGAUGUCCUGCACUCCAUUUGCUCUCGUGUGGGUCAGGCCUGUCAGCAGCGCUCCAUCAUGGGCCACAUCUCCCUAGAUCUAGUCACCUUUCUGGAUCCCAGCAACCUGGAGCAGCAGGUAUGGGCUAUUGAUCUUGACCUGGGCUACAGUAACCAGUUGGCCAUGACCCAGCUGAUGCUCAUGAUGACGCGGGGGACGCUGGACUGCCGCACCAGUAAACUAGAGGUUCCACUUCCAGUCAGAGAUGUGAGGCCUUCUGUACGCCAUGCUAGAGGAAAGACCAAAGCUCGAACCUCAGUGACCAAUCGCUUUGCAGUGAUGUGCACCCGACUUCUUCACACCAAUCUUUCUUUGGUGUAUUACAGCACAUUUUUUCUGAUGUGCAAAGCGCAGGGCAUAGGUUAUGAUGUCAAGGCAAAGCAAGGCACUGUGUUCGCCCUCCAUGACAGCAGAGAUCGAAGAAGCCUUGGCAUACUAACAAUCUCGGAGGAUCUCCAGGGAGCUCUGCUGACCUUUGCUCGCAACCUGUCAAUCAUUCAUCAGGAAAUAUCAGCUCCAAACAUGCAAGGAACAAACAAUUUUAAGGACCUUAUCAAGGACAUUGAGGAAGUCCUGGGCAUGACCAUACAAAACCAAACCACAUCUCAAGAAGAAAAGGAGAUUACUGCAGCUGAGAGCGUACAGUUAUCAUCUCAUAAACCUCACAGAUCAACCCUAAUUUAGUCAACAUGCUUAUAGAGUAUCAUACAAUAGCAUUUACACAUUCAGUUAUACUUCAUUAUAAUCAUUCAAAAAAUAAUAACUUUUGAUAGUUGUUAACAGAUAAUUAUAAUGUACAAUUACAAUGCACACAGCUUAUAAACAGUAGCAACAUCCAUAUAAUAAGUGAAUCUGUUGUAAGUUAUUUCAAAAAAGCCUUCAAUAAAAGUUAUACAUACAGUUUUGGUGGAUUCAGGAGAUUGUUUUAUUAAAUAAAAAUACUUUUCAAUAUUAAAAGA